GAGACUCAUCAUCUCACAAUGUCUCAAUUCAAUCACAUGCAAACAUACGGUGGCAAUGCUAGCCCCGCCGUGGAACAACUUUUCCGAGAUCAGGGGCCGGAUGCUUCAAGAUGGCCUCCGUCGUAUUCGUCGCCAUCGCUUGGAAGAGACCACGACCCCGAAGAGGAUAUCGAUCACCAUCAGAAGAAAUCAGUUUUCACCAAGGUGAAGGAAAAGGCAAAGAAACUGAGAUACACUCUCAGCAACAAGAAGAAGCACGGUGAAGACGAGAACCCAACGCCAUCCUGGGGUUAUAAUUUGGACGAGGAUGAAGAGGAGGACGAUGGCGAUGCUGAAUAUCUUGGAGCCCCAAUGUAUGAAUCGGAGCUGGCACCCGAGGACUGCAAAGAGAAUGCUAGGCAGCAUCCUCGAGCAGAUCCUGUGAUUGCUGAGAAUCAUGUUUUAGCGAAUACCAUAAAGCUUGCCUUUGGACAAGAUGAAAAGCCUUUCAACUCUUCAGAGACGUCGUCUCGAGCGGUUGCAGGGCCAUCCCUUGAGAAUAGGGAGAGAACAAGUGAAAUUACAGCUGCAAAUAGUGCCAUUCGCACUACGGAAAUACAAGAAAAUGAGGCUGCAAAGCCUCACAGUCCGGGCAAGACACUGACUGAAGCUGUAACAGAGAAGCUGGCACCGGUUUAUUCCACUGUUACUGACGCUACGCAUGCCAUUGCUUCAAAGAUCCAUAGCCUGACUGUCUCUGCUCCAUCUACCCUGUCGGUCCGUUCUUCACCUGCAACUCCAGAAAAAGCUUCUUCCCCAGCAAAUCCGAGACCAAGCUCUGCCCGAACAGCUUCACAAGCAUCAAAGCUUGGUAAAGGAACUGAGCAGAUAUGGGACAAAGGAGUUUCAGUAAAGGAGUACUUGAUGCAUAAGUUUGAGCCAGGUGAAGAUGAGAGAGCUCUAUCUCAGGUGUUAUCCAAUGCACUGAGUCCGAGAACAAAUCCCAGAGAUGUAGGUGUGGUAGAGAAGAUGAAGGAGGCAGUAAAUUCUAUGUUGCGAGCAGAGGACGAACCAGAGCCGCAAGCUGCACAUUUGGCGGUAAAAUCUUCAUCACGGGCCGAGAAGGCAGCACCAGAGACAGUGGCUGCAUCCUUGGCUACAAAAUCUUUAUCACAGACCAAGAAGGCACCAGAGCCAGUGGCUGUAUCCUUGGCCACAAAAUCUUCAUCACAGACCAAGAAGGCAUCACAGCCAAUGGCUGAAAAUUUGGCUGCAAAACCUUCAUCACAAGCCGAGAAGGCACCAAAGGAAGUGACUACACAUUUGGCUAAAAAAUCUUCAUCACAAACCGAGAAGGCACCACAGGCAGUGACUACACAUUUGGCUUCAAAAUCUUCAUCACAAACCGAGAAGGCACCACAGGCAGUGACUACACAUUUGGCUGCAAAAUCUUCAUCACAAACCGAGAAGGCACCACAGGCAGUACUGGCUGUACAUGUGACUGCAAAACCUGCAUCGCGGGCUGAGCCAGCACCACAGGCAAUACUGACUACAAAUCUGGCAGCAAAACCUUCAUCCAGGGUUGAGGCGGCACCACAGCCAGUGGCUGCACAUUUAACUGCAAAAUCUUCAUCAAAUGCUCCGACCUUUACCACUGCCCACAGAGUAGCUGAGGAAGAGAACCUUGAAAGAAUACUCCAAACCAAUUAACAGACAUGUGCAACACCAAUCAGAAGUUUUAGACACAGACAGCAAACAACAAACAAUAAAAAAUAAACUACGUUUUUUCCCUCCAUUUUGUUUGAUUUAGUUCAGUCUUGUAUUGUACCAAUAAAAUACUUCUGCAGUACUUUUAUUGCAGAAUUAUGUGAAGAAUGCAAGGGAUGCUUGUAUUCAAAUCUUAGUUUUACUAAUAUUUUCAGACAUGUAGUCUUCUGGGUUUAUUUGAACUUUUAAUAAGGAAUUUUUGUAUCUAGAAAUAAUGUAUUUUGGAAUUCUAUAAAUUCACAGUUUCGAACUUUGAACUUGUGAAU